AUGCCGAACACAACAAUCAAUACUACAGAGUCAAAUACUACAAUUACUACUGCACCAAACACCACAAUCAAUACUACAGAACCAAAUAGUACAAGUACUACUACGCCAAACACCACAAUCAAUACUACAGAGCCAAAUACUACAAUUACUACUGCGCCAAACACCACAAUCAAUACUACAGAACCAAAUAGUACAAGUACUACAAUGCCAAACACCACAAUCAAUACUACAGAGCCAAAUAGUACAAGCACUACAAUGCCAAACACCACAUUCAAUACUACACAGCCAAAUACUACAAACACUACUCAGCCAUUAUCUACACUCCACUGCUGCACAGAGGUAAGAUUUCAUCUGAAUUGACAAAAAGAUGAUUUGUUACUGAGCAAACAUGUUAUUGUAUUUCAUCAAUUCUUUCUUUCUUUCUUUCUUGAUUUCUCUUCAGCCAGAUGUACUCAUGCUGGUCUGCAGUGUUUUGGUGGUAGUUAAAAUGGUAGGAUUCCUAUAUAGAGACUUGCCGAUGCUGAAUUGUUUAUUAAUUAAAAGAGUGAAACGCAGAGGUUUAUCUCUACCUCACCUUAUUCUCUCCUCAGGAAAUUUCCAGUAUAAUCACUACUAGUGUCACCGACCGCCUCUCUUCUCAGACAGUGAACAGGGUAAGGCACAAGAUUGAGGUAUUAUAGUACCAAUUUCUACAUCUUUUCUUCUCACAUUAGUGUGCUGCUUUCUGUGAAUCCUUUAAGCACGAGUUUUCAUUUGACUCUGUCACAAAUAUCAUAUGACAUCAUUUCAGUUUUGCAGUAAAUAACAGUCAUGACAUAAAUAGUUUCUGAAAAGUUUGUUAUUCACUCUUUUUUGGGAGAUUUUUAUGCCUUUAUUUGGAGAGAAUGAGACACCCGAGAGAGUGCAGGUGCAGGUUGGAGUGGAGUCAUCCUCAUGAGGAUCGUAACCUCUGUGAGUGGGCACUUGGACCACUAAACCAGCAGUGCCCCAUACUUGUUUAGAUUUUACUUUUUUAAAGAAAAGAAACAUUAAUAACAUGUUUACAGUAAGUAGUCAUAUUUUUGAUGGCACUUUUUGUGAUUUUUUUUUUUUAUCAAACAUUGAUGAUUUUGAAGUGGUCAAAACUCCAGCAACACUUGAGCUAAAAAUAAACUUUACUAUAUGAAGAAUAAAGUUGUUUUUUACCACAGGACUUGCUGGAAUUUAACAGUUUUAGGUUUUUCUUCCCUUCUCAGACACAAUGGAAGUAGCUGAAAUUGCACCAGAAUCCUCCACUCCACUUUCAUACUGUAGAUCUUUUUAGACUUGAUCUCUUGAACAUACAAUUCCCUCAGAGACAUGUACAUACCUAAACUCUUCUGGUGUUUGUCAGAGACUAAAAGUGCAUCUUUUGCAGGCAUCAACGAUAUUACUUCUUGUGUUUUGUGGGGCUCUGGAAAUACCAGCAUUGGUAUUGACAAUUGUGUGUGAUUCCUCACAAGUAAGUAAUGGCAAAUAAUGUAUACCCUUUUUCCAUGUUAUUGUAGGAAUUUCUGGGUAGUCCUGAUAUUAUUCUAACCUAUCCUUGUGCCACUCUGUGUAUCUAUCUUUAGGCCACUCUCAUUGCUCUGGUGUGUGUGGCGCUCUCCUUGACUAUCACAGAGAUUGUGAUCAGCUCUGUGCCACUGGGACCCAGUCAUGACCUGUGAGUUCAGUCCAUGAAUAAUCAACCUUACCCUCACGUCAACACUUUGUGCACAGCUGCUUUUCGACAAACUUAUAGGCAAGACUCAAAAGUAGGAAAGGCAGGCUUUUUGUGUAAACAAAAAAGAGCAGUUUGUUCAUGGGAGGAGAUAAAACUGAGGGAGAUGGGUUUUUAAGUAAGCAUGAGUUCAACCAUGUAAAAGGUGCUAAUGACCGGGGGAUGCAGGCAGAUUUGAGGGAAAAACUUGCUCCUAAGGAGAAAGUCUGGUCUAACCAGAAACCUAACAUAAUGUUUCAGUCAACCAGUCAGCAGAAUGUUUAUUUCAAGGACCUGACAGUGCACUGGGAGGACUCAGUGGAGGAGAGAUGUGAGAGACGGUAGAGGAGACGACAGUCAAAACAGUAAAAACAAUUGAGUUGCUCUGUUUGAGGAGAGAUGAUGUCAGUUAGAGGAGGCAAGAACAAACCUAAAAGAUCUCCUUUUUUUUCUCUCCUGAUAUGAAAAUGGGGGAGUAAGUGGAGGUAGAGCAUACAGCCUAAAGCUACAUCCACAAAUAUAUGAACAUUUUUGAAAACAUUUUUUUUCUUCUCAGUAAAAAAAAAAUAUCUAUCUAUCUAUAUAUAUAUAUCUAUAUAUAUAUAUAUACAUACAAUACACAUAAACAACUGCCUUUCUCGUCUUCUGUCUAGCAUUUUGCCACAGAUCAUUCUCCUUUCUUCUCUGUCUUCACUCAUACAGAUAGAGGAGGGAGGUAUAGUUUACAGCCUAACCUGACCCUAGCUUUACUCCUCCUCCGGUUACAUAUUUGAAUUUAAAACAAUCUCUCUUUUUUUUUUUUAGCUGUUCGAGAAAAAAUGCCUGUGACCUCACUGGUCAAGCAUGCUCUGUCGUCCAUGAAGCUUUUACACGUAAGGAGAACUCUUUUUUUUUUUAACCUCUACAUCUGUAGGUUUUUGAGCUCAUAGAAACUAGUGCCAAGCUACCCUCAAGCUGUCUGUAGCUGCAUACUUUCCUGACAGAUAUGAGAGCUAGCGAUGCACACAUGCAUACGUACAUCUUGCAGUUUGCACUGAUUCAACACUGCUCAUUUAAUAACUAGUCUCAAAUAUUUUUAUUUCACAGUUGCUUACAUCUAUGUCUGUAUUUUGGAGAUUGUUGACCUCAGAAUUAACAGAAGAGAGACUUGGCCUCUGUGGGUGCUGAUUGCUUACACGGCAUGGAUUUUCCUGUUUAUUAUUUGGAUUAUUGUAUUCACUUAUCUAAGAGAUGCCUUUCUACAGAGGAAAAUAAGAGGUGAAUGCUUUCUCAUUACACUACUAUUAGACAUGUACACUUUAAGUUGAGUACCACAUGCAGACUGAAGCAGAUUGUAACAUUAUGGAUAAAUGUUUUCUGUUGCAGAGAGCUCCACCAACGCUGCUCAAAGAGGGGGAAAGAAAAAGGUGAGAGCCUGUCCAAAUCUGGGUGAUGAUAACAUUUACAACUGUGCAUCAACAAACUCAAGUUCCUGUUUUUGUUUUUUUAAUCUCUGCUCUUUUACAUUUCAGAUAAGGCUCCUUGCAGCUGAAGUGAUUGUAAAUGUAGUCUCAGUGAUCUUCAUCCUCGGGACUGUUGCUUUUGCUGUUGCUAUCAUUGUUGGGACAUUACUGUAUCCAGAAAAUUAG